CGACGUCAGGUUUCCGGGGCGCGCACUCGGUCUUCACGUCGUGUUUUGUUCGUUUCUUUUUGUUUAUUCAAACGUUCACGUUUAAGAUGUACGACCAGGACGAAGAUAACCAGUAUGAUGAAGAUGAUGAUGAGAUCACUCCAGACCUGUGGCAGGAAGCCUGCUGGAUCGUCAUCAGUUCUUACUUUGAUGAGAAGGGUCUGGUGCGACAGCAGCUGGAUUCUUUCGAUGAGUUCAUCCAGAUGUCAGUGCAGAGGAUUGUGGAAGAUGCUCCGCCCAUCGACCUGCAGGCUGAAGCUCAACACACAUCUGGAGAGGUGGAGGAGCCGCCUCGUUACCUGCUGAAGUUUGAGCAGAUCUACCUGUCCAAGCCCACCCACUGGGAGAGAGAUGGUGCACCUUCUCCCAUGAUGCCCAACGAAGCACGACUGCGUAACCUCACGUAUUCUGCUCCCUUGUAUGUUGACAUCACAAAGACCAUCAUUAAGGAGGGCGAGGACCAGCUGCAAACACAACACCAGAAAACCUUCAUAGGGAAAAUUCCCAUCAUGCUUCGCUCCACCUACUGCCUGCUGAGCGGGCUGACAGACAGAGAUCUGUGUGAGCUUAACGAGUGUCCGCUCGACCCUGGGGGCUAUUUUAUCAUCAAUGGCUCUGAGAAGGUAUUGAUCGCUCAGGAGAAGAUGGCCACAAACACCGUGUACGUUUUUGCCAAGAAGGACUCAAAGUACGCCUACACAGCAGAGUGUCGUUCGUGUCUGGAGAACUCGUCCCGCCCCACCAGCACCAUCUGGGUCAGCAUGAUGGCCCGAGGAGGACAGGGGGUUAAAAAGAGUGCGAUUGGUCAGAGGAUCGUUUCCACGCUGCCGUACAUUCGGCAGGAGGUUCCCAUCAUCAUCGUGUUCCGAGCUUUAGGCUUUGUGUCCGACCGAGACAUCCUGGAGCACAUCAUAUACGACUUUGAUGACCCUGAAAUGAUGGAGAUGGUGAAGCCGUCUCUGGAUGAAGCCUUCGUGAUCCAGGAGCAGAAUGUGGCCCUGAACUUCAUCGGCUCCAGAGGAGCGAAACCUGGCGUGACCAAGGAGCGAAGAAUCAAGUAUGCCAAAGAAGUUCUGCAGAAAGAGAUGCUGCCUCACGUCGGAGUCAGCGACUUCUGUGAGACCAAGAAGGCUUAUUUCUUAGGGUACAUGGUUCACAGGUUGCUGCUCGCUGCUCUCGGCAGACGGGAGCUGGACGACAGAGAUCACUACGGCAACAAGAGGCUGGACCUCGCUGGCCCCCUGCUGGCCUUCCUGUUCAGAGGAAUGUUUAAGAACCUGCUGAAAGAGAUCAGGAUUUACGCUCAGAAGUUCAUUGACAGAGGAAAAGACUUCAACUUGGAGCUGGCCAUCAAAACUCGGAUCAUCUCGGACGGGCUGAAGUACUCUCUGGCUACGGGGAACUGGGGCGACGUGAAGAAGGCUCACCAGGCCCGAGCCGGGGUGUCGCAGGUGUUGAACCGUCUGACCUUCGCGUCCACUCUGUCCCACCUCCGGAGAGUUAACUCCCCCAUCGGGAGAGACGGCAAGCUGGCCAAACCCAGACAGCUGCACAACACGCUGUGGGGGAUGGUGUGUCCGGCCGAGACGCCCGAGGGUCACGCUGUGGGUUUGGUGAAGAACUUGGCCCUGAUGGCCUACAUCUCGGUGGGGUCGCAGCCGUCGCCCAUCCUGGAGUUUCUUGAGGAGUGGAGCAUGGAGAACCUGGAGGAGAUCUCGCCUGCCGCCAUCGCCGACGCCACCAAGAUCUUUGUGAACGGCUGCUGGGUGGGAAUUCACAAAGACCCGGAGCAGCUGAUGAACACGCUGAGAAAGCUGCGCCGACAGAUGGACAUCAUCGUGUCUGAGGUGUCGAUGAUCAGAGACAUCCGGGAACGUGAGAUCAGGAUCUACACAGACGCCGGACGUAUCUGCAGACCGCUGCUCAUCGUGGAGAAACAGAAGCUCCUGCUGAAGAGACGACACAUCGACCAGCUGAAGGAGAGAGAGUACAACAACUACAGCUGGCAGGACCUGGUGGCGAGCGGCGUGGUGGAGUACAUCGACACUCUGGAGGAGGAGACCGUCAUGCUCGCCAUGACCCCCGACGACCUGCAGGAGAAGGGCGUGGCCUACUGCUCCACCUACACGCACUGUGAAAUCCACCCGUCCAUGAUCCUGGGAGUCUGCGCUUCCAUCAUCCCCUUCCCCGAUCACAACCAGUCUCCCAGGAACACGUACCAGUCCGCUAUGGGGAAACAAGCCAUGGGCGUCUACAUCACCAACUUCCACGUUCGGAUGGACACGCUGGCCCACGUCCUGUACUACCCCCAGAAGCCGCUGGUCACCACCCGCUCCAUGGAGUACCUGCGCUUCAGAGAGCUGCCCGCAGGAAUCAACUCCAUCGUGGCGAUCGCGUCGUACACGGGAUACAACCAGGAGGACUCCGUCAUCAUGAACAGAUCAGCGGUGGAUCGAGGGUUCUUCAGGUCAGUGUUCUAUCGGUCCUACAAAGAACAGGAGUCCAAGAAAGGCUUCGACCAGGAGGAGAUCUUCGAGAAGCCGACACGUGAAACCUGUCAGGGCAUGAGACACGCCAUCUACGACAAGCUGGACGACGACGGGCUGAUCGCGCCCGGCGUCCGCGUGUCCGGCGAGGACGUGAUCAUCGGGAAGACGGUGACGCUGCCGGAGAACGACGACGAGCUGGACAGCACCAACCGGCGCUACACCAAAAGAGACUGCAGCACCUUCCUGAGGACCAGCGAGACCGGCAUCGUGGACCAGGUCAUGGUCACCCUGAACCAGGAGGGCUACAAGUUCUGCAAGAUCAGGGUUCGCUCGGUCCGGAUCCCUCAGAUCGGAGACAAAUUCGCCAGCCGGCACGGACAGAAGGGAACCUGCGGGAUCCAGUACCGACAGGAGGACAUGCCCUUCACCUGCGAGGGAAUCACGCCGGACAUCAUCAUCAACCCCCACGCCAUCCCGUCCAGAAUGACAGUCGGUCACUUGAUCGAGUGUCUGCAGGGAAAGGUCUCUGCGAACAAAGGUGAGAUUGGCGACGCCACGCCGUUCAAUGACGCCGUCAACGUGCAGAAAGUGUCGAACCUGCUGUCGGAAUACGGAUACCACCUGAGAGGCAAUGAGGUUCUUUAUAACGGUUUCACCGGGAGGAAGCUGACGUCUCAGAUCUUCAUCGGGCCGACCUACUACCAGCGUCUGAAGCACAUGGUGGACGACAAGAUCCACUCGCGGGCCCGGGGCCCCGUCCAGAUCCUCAACAGGCAGCCCAUGGAGGGUCGCUCCCGAGACGGCGGCCUGCGUUUCGGCGAGAUGGAGCGUGACUGUCAGAUCGCCCACGGGGCGGCUCAGUUCCUCAGAGAGCGUCUGUUCGAGGCGUCCGACCCCUACCAGGUGCACGUCUGCAACCUGUGCGGACUGAUGGCCAUCGCCAACACGCGGACGCACACGUACGAGUGCCGCGGCUGCCGCAACAAGACGCAGAUCUCUCUGGUCCGGAUGCCGUACGCCUGCAAGCUGCUGUUCCAGGAGUUGAUGUCGAUGAGCAUCGCUCCCCGAAUGAUGACGUCAUGAAGUGGCCCGGGCCAAUCGGAUGCCUCCCAGAGGAGCAGGAAGUAGACGUUUGGUUGGAUGUUUGUAGUUUUUUUUUUUUUUU